AGGUGACUGUACAGACGAGAGGCUUCAGAAACACCACGAACAACAGCAGUGUUUGUGCGUCGCCUCGAGCAGAACGCCUAAACUCCGUCUUAUUGUCGUCCUACAGCUGCGUCGGUCUCAUUCUUCACUCUGGAAAACCUUCAGAACUUUUUUCUUUUUCUUUUUAUAUUGUUUCCCUCAAAUUUCUGAGGAUCUUCUUUGCCGGAGCUCCAGAUGAAGAUGUCCGAUUCGUCCGUCAGGUUGUCCUGGACAUUGUCCUGGACGCUGGGUGUCAUUAGCAUGCUCACGCUGCUGAACUCGGCCGGAUUCAUGCUGCUUCUUCUCCAGACCCGAGAGUUUGAAAAUCGGAUGGAUGUGGUGGAAUCUCGUCUGGAGGAAAUCUCUCAGAGCUCAGUGGUGGAGUUCAUGACGGAGAUGAGCAGAAAUAAGCAGGAGAUCCAGGAAGAUCUGCAUCAAUACUCCAGAAAUAAAAGGAGUCAGGAGCUGAAGGCAGCUCAAACUCUAGAGCAGAAACUUCAGCUAGAACUGGAGGAGAAACUGGCCGAGGUUUCAGGAGACGGGAUGGGAGAAAGAGCGAUGAUUAACGAGGAGAGGAACAUUCAGGAGCCUCCAGAUUUCUAUCACAAGACACUUCAGCACAAUGGGAUGAUGAUGAUGAUGACGUACUCCAUGGUGCCGGUUAAAGUCUUAUUAGACCUCUGUAACAGCUCUAAAGGAGUUUGUCUUACUGGUCCUCCAGGACCUCCAGGUUUGCCGGGUGUUGAUGGAAUGCCAGGAUACAACGGGACUGAUGGAAUCCCUGGUUUGCCAGGAGAACCUGGAGCCCCUGGGAGACGAGGAAAAAAGGGUUCUCCAGGAGAAAAAGGUGAACCAGGUGAGCCUGGUGUGAAAGGUGACCCAGGACCACCUGGAGAAAAGGGAGAACCUUCUAACGACGUGAUUGUAGAAGGUCCUCCUGGCCCCACAGGACCACCUGGUGCUCCAGGUCCAAUGGGACCACCAGGUCUUCCAGGACCACCCGGUCCACCGAGACCAGCCAGGAACAGAAGCCAGAGAGCUCACCUGCAUACAGACCCUGCUUCUGAAGCUUUUAUUCUUCCUGCUCCACACGAUCCAAUGAUGAGUCACGGACCAGGGAACCGGAGGAAGAUCUCAAAACAGGAGUGCAUUAUCAAGUCAGUAAAAGAACCGAGGAACCUGGCGAAGAUGUCGAGUACGUUUGGAACCUGGCUGAAAGACACAGCACUGGGAGAUGAUGAGAAGAUCUGGGUGGCAGAACAUUUCUCAGGUCGUAUUAUAAAGGAGUACAGCAGCAUCGCCGCCUGGCAGAACAACAGCGGCAAGUCCAUCGACGUCAAGAAGUUUUUCCAAGGAUGCGGACAUUUGGUCCACAACAACUCCUUUUAUUACAACAUCGCAGGAACUUACAUCAUCUCCAAGUUUAAUCUUCAGACUAAGACGCUGCACACUCUGGCCAUAGAGAACGCUUUGUACCACAACCUGUCCUACCUGCUGCGGAGCUCCAAGACCUACUUUAAAAUGGCAGCAGAUGAAAGCGGCUUGUGGCUCGUCUUCGCCUCGAGCAUCGACGAGAACAUCAUGGUGGCGCAAUUGGAUGAGAAAACCUUCUCUGUGACAUCAUACAUCAACACCAGCUACCCGAAGAGCAAAGCAGGAAACGCCUUCAUCGCGUGUGGCGUCCUCUACGUCACCGACACUAAAGACAGCAGAGUGAGCUUCGCCUUUGACCUCCUCAAAAUGAAGCCUCUCAGCGUUAGCUUCGAUCUCUGGCCUCCGGCUAGCGUUCUGUCCAUGAUGUCUUACAAUCCUAAAGACCGCCAUUUAUACGUCUGGGACAGCGGACACGUCAAAUCCUACAAGGUGUUUCAGUGAAAGUUCAUGAUUAAAGACAGACGUGAAGAUGAGAAAGGUCUCAGAUUCUCACGGCUGAACUGAUUCGUUCUAACAGUCUCAAUUAAAGCAGAUUUUAAACUUGACUUUAUAUUAAAAGAAGAAUCCGAAUGAAAUGAUUAUUAAGAUGUUGGUUUUAUGAUAAAUGAUUUAACUCUAUGUUUGUGCUUCCGGUCUGUUUCAGAUCCUGAUCUUUAAUGAACAUUGUUCCAUUUUUGCAGCUUAUUUAAUUAUUUAAUAAAUAUAUAAACAUUAAAAGCACCCUGAGUGUUUGGGUGCUGUAGUUUCUGCUGCUUUACGUCCUGCGUUAGAUGUCGUACUGAGUUGUGUUUAUAUAGCUGUUUUAUUUCAUUAUAAACUUUAUAAAUCAUUUAUCUAUUUCUAACCAAAAAAAAGUCUUUUGGAUUGUUAAUGUGACAAAUGUGUAAA